AUGCACCGUGUGGGUAGUGCAGGGAAUGCAUCAAAUUCAGGUCGCCCUCGCAAGGAGAAGAGGUUGACUUAUGUGUUAAACGAUGCUGAUGACACGAAGCACUGUGCAGGCGUAAACUGUUUGGCUAUAUUGAAGUCAUCGGUCUCUGAUGGGUUUGAUUAUCUCUUCACUGGGAGCCGUGAUAGCACAUUAAAGAGAUGGGCAUUGGCUGAAGAUGCUGCUACCUGCUCUGCUACAUUUGAGUCGCAUGUAGAUUGGGUCAAUGACGCAGUCCUUGCUGGAGGUAAUACACUUGUCUCCUGCUCCUCUGACACCACCCUCAAGGCAUGGAAUUUUUUGUCUGAUGGAAUGUGUACCAGGACUCUUCGGCAACACUCUGACUAUGUUACUUGUCUUGCUGCAGCAGAAAAAAAUAGCAAUAUUAUUGCCUCGGGUGGCCUUGGUGGGGAAGUUUUCAUAUGGGAUUUUGAAGCUGCACUUGCUCCCAUCGUUAAGUCAAGUGACACAAUGGAAGAUGAUUGUUCAAAUGGGAUUAAUGGUUCGGGAACUUUAAUACCCAUUACUUCUCUACGUCCUAUCAGCUCAAGCAACUGUAUUUCUUUGCACGCGCCUCAGUCUCAAGGAUAUGUGCCUGUUGCUGCUAAAGGCCAUAAGGAAUCAGUUUAUGCAUUAGCAAUGAAUGAUGGGGGAACCCUUCUUGUUUCUGGUGGAACCGAGAAGGUUGUGCGUGUUUGGGACCCUCGAACUGGUUCCAAGACCAUGAAGCUUAGAGGGCAUACAGAUAAUAUUAGGGCGUUGCUGCUGGAUUCUACUGGCAGGUACUGCUUAUCAGGAUCCUCUGAUUCCAUGAUCAGGUAG